AUGCUAAUCUUUGAAUUAGCAAGAAAGAAGCCAUAUGGCCUUCGUCUUCACCCACCUCCAACACCCCCAACCCUUUUUCGAUCAUCCAUCACAAUUCAGGAUUUCUCUACAAGAAAACCUCCAACUAUAUCCUCCACAUUAAGAAAAAAAACCCUAAAUCAACCUAAAACAAACCUAAUCUUCUGUUCGUUCGUCUUGGCGGCUAGAAAAGGGGUUGUUCAAGUUUUUCUACGAGGCUGUCGGAUUUUUGAGUUAUCAUCGAGGGAGGAGGAAGAAGAGGACCUCGAGAAAAAAUUUUCUCCAACCUCAGGAUUCCAUGAAUUCUUGUGGCUUAACAAAUGUCGACUCAUCAUCGAAAAACCUAUGUUCUUUGUAAUUCAGGUUUUAAUUAAUUGUUGGGAACUUACUGGUUUUUCCUCCGGUCUUCAAUGGGAGGUCGAAUUGAUCGCUUGGUCCUGCCAAGUGCCAAAAGCAUGUGUUGAAGUGGGCUUACUUUCUCUUUAUGGUUUGCUUGCAUUUUUUUUAACUUAA